CUCGGUAGGGCUCCUUUCUCCUCACUUAAAGUCAUCUCCUCACGGGUGUGUGGAAGUGUGGCCGGUGGCGGAUCCGUUCUGGCUCAAACACGCCCAAAACCACCAUGCCCUGGGAGGGUCCCAUUUCUCAGCUCGCCAUGGUCACCAUGGUGAUAUGAAGCCAGUGUGAAACGUCGACGCGCACGCACGGACUCGCACACAGACGGUCAGUUAUUGACUGACGCAGCCGGCCAGCUCAGCGGGCGGGCUGUGUGUGUAAUGGACAGGUGUAAGCAUGUGGGGCGGCUGCGGCUGGCCCCAGACCACUCCAUCCUCAACCCCCAGAAGUGGCACUGCGUGGACUGCAACACCACCGAGUCUAUAUGGGCCUGCCUGGGCUGCGCUCACGUGGCGUGCGGGCGCUACAUCGAGGAACACGCCCUGCAGCAUUUCCAGCAGCAGCGCCACCCGUUGGCGAUGGAGGUUAACGAACUUUAUGUUUUUUGUUAUUUGUGUGACGACUAUGUCCUGAAUGAUAACGCCACCGGAGACUUGAAGCUGCUUCGUAGUACACUCAGCGCCAUCCAGAGCCAGCGCUAUGAGGUCACCACCCGUAGUGGGCGCACCCUCCGCUCUGCCAGCGCCGCCCCCGACGCCGUCAUGCCGUCCGGGGCCCGCGAGCUGCAGCUGAGGGACGAGGACAGGAUGUUUACAGCACUUUGGCACCGGCGCAGGGCGCUUAUGGGACGCGUCUUCCGCUUUUGGUUCGCACUGACCGAGUGCGGAAAGAAGAGGGAGGAAGAAGAGAGAAAGAGGGAGGAGGAGGAGGAGCAGAAAAGGGAGGCGAGGGAGAGGAGGCGGGCUCUAAAGAGGCAGCUACAGGAGGAGCUGGAGAACGCCCCUCUCAGGAAGAGUCGCCGGCUACGUUGGAAGAGCCAGAGAGUCGCAGAUGCAGCAGUCACAACACCAUCUCAGAGGGCACGCAACAGGACAAAACCCCCCGUGGCCCCGUCUCUUUCCCGCAGGCCGAGGACUCAGAGCCCCGCCACCGCCACCCCCACCCCCAAAAAAGCUGGACGAACAACAAAGGUCCAACCUACGCCCAAACCCCGUAGCCGUUCUUCUACCACCAAAUCUAAGCCCAAAACGCCCUCAGCGACCCCGCGUUCUGCCCAAACACCUGUUCGCCGCAGGCAGCAGAGUACCAAACAGGGUGGCUCGCCCUUCAAACGGCGUCCCACGGUCACACCGGGAGUGACGGGCCUGAGGAAUUUGGGCAACACCUGUUAUAUGAACUCUAUCCUGCAGGUGUUGAGCCACCUGCACGUCUUCAGGGAGUGCUUCCUGCGCCUGGAUCUGACCCAGGCGCUGGAACUACUGGCGUCCGCCGUCCACGGCCAACUGGCGGGGAAGGCCUCGUCCCAGUUGCCCCUGACCCAAAGGAAGGGCUUCCAGGCCAGCUCGGGCUCCGGGGCAGGGCUGAGCGGUGGGGCCUCGCGGGGCCGCAGCAUGGAGCUGAUACAACCCAAAGAGCCCAGCUCGAAGCACAUCUCUCUCUGCCACGAGCUGCACACCCUGUUCCAGGUCAUGUGGUCUGGCAAGUGGGCGCUGGUAUCGCCUUUUGCCAUGCUCCACUCGGUGUGGCAGCUGAUCCCGGCGUUCCGGGGCUACGCUCAGCAGGACGCGCAGGAGUUCCUGUGCGAGCUGCUGGACAAGGUGCAGCACGAGCUGGAGAGCACCGGCAAGCACACGACCACCGCGGGAGUCCCACAGAAACGACUCAUCAAGCAGGUGCUCAGCGUGGUCAACACCAUCUUUCACGGCCAGCUCCUCAGCCAGGUGACGUGCGUGGCCUGCGACCACCGCUCCAACACCGUGGAGCCUUUCUGGGAUCUGUCUCUGGAGUUCCCUGAGCGGUAUCACAGUAACAGCAGGGAGUCGGCCGCUCAGGCGUCGUGCCAUUUGACGGAAAUGCUGGCCAAGUUCACGGAGACCGAAGCACUGGAGGGAAACAUCUACGCCUGUGACCACUGUAACUCUGCUCGACGUCGGACCUCCUCCAAAUCAGUCCUCCUGACCGAAGCACAAAAACAGCUGAUGGUCCACAAACUGCCUCAGGUCCUGCGGCUUCACCUCAAACGCUUCAGGUGGUCCGGGCGAAACCACCGGGAGAAGAUCGGAGUCCACGUCAGCUUCGACCAGCUCCUCAACAUGGAGCCGUACUGCUGCCGAGAGCCCUCGCCCAAAGUCGUGUCCUGCUCCAGUCCCAGCAGCCCCGGUGCUGCGGGCUCGCCGCGCCCCAAGCACUUCCUCUACGACCUCUCCGCUGUGGUGAUGCAUCAUGGGAAGGGCUUCGGUUCCGGCCACUACACCUCCUACUGCUACAACACAGAAGGAGGCUUCUGGGUUCACUGUAAUGACUCUAAGCUGAAUGUGUGUUCAGUGGAGGAGGUCUGCCGUGCUCAGGCCUACAUCCUCUUCUACACACAGCGAGUAACUCAGGACAAAGACCGGCCGCUAUAGGACCACAAUCCCUUGAAGAUCCUCCUCCUCCUCCUCAUCCGCUGCAGACCGACCACUCAGCGAGAAGAUAUCAGCACAGCCCCACCACCUAUCGCUCUUUCUCUCUUCCCUCUCUUUCUUUGGGCAUUUUAUAUCCUGGGAGGAUGGGUCUUUUUUUUAAGUCUAUUUUUCUAAAUAAGGAAAAAUCAAAAAAGAGAGGAAGGACUCCUUUUUAAAAACCUGGUUCUGCUUUAUGAACUUCUUGUAUAUGGUGUUUAUAUGUAGGUAUUUUUAAAGAAAUGGUGAUGUUUUUUUUUGUGAUUUGUGUACAGUUGUAUUUUAUAAAGAAGAGAGUAUCAGCCAAGAUGUGUCUCAGUAGCAGCCAACAGACUCUGGCCGGGGGCGCGACCACAAGUGUUCUCUGUAGAUCGUACAGGUAUAUUCACGCGUCUGCCCCUACCUGCGUUUUGGGGGGGCUCGUUGAUUGUAAAUGCUGUUUUGUUUCAACUGAAAUGUUUCUCAGUCACUUUAGAUAGUUGUCACAGAACUGGAUGUAAGGUUGUAAACAUGUCAUUCACUCAUUAGAAAUGGCCUCCCUGUGUUCUAGACAGGUAAAAAGUUUUUGCGUUCGGCCACUUUUCCUGCCAGAAAUGCACUAAUUUCUACGGAAUAGGUUGUCGGCGUUGUUGUCGUCGGUUCAGAGUUAAAAGGUCUCUACACAAGGAAGUUUAUUUUUCACUCUGAAGUACUCCUGGGUCUGCCAGGAAAGAAUUGGCAGACCUCAAGCCAAAGCCUUUGCGGGGAAGUGUAUGGAAAAACCUCUCAGCAUUUCCAAAACGGUUCAACAUUUGCUGGAUGUGUUUUUGUUUUUGGUUUUUUUUUCUUCCCUCUUUCAGGGAGGAAAGGGGGGGUUAAACGUUUUUAGGUUUUGUUUGAUUUUUGGCUCAAUGCUGCCACCUCUGUGCUCCAGAAUGUAAUCGUCUUCAGAGCCUGAACCAUCCCCAGCCAGACAGAAACUAGUGUACUAGAAAAGUGCCCUUUUGUUAAAAACAAAAUAUAUUUUUAUAGAUCAUAUCUUCAUAGUGGAACCUUCACCAGACCAGCAUUUAGAUUAUGAAUGUAUUUUUUAUACAAUCCUUCUCAGAGGUUUUUAAAAAAAAAAAAAAAGAGGCCAUUGACUGUUUUUUAUACAACCGCUGAUUGUUCAACACCACCAGCAGUUUUUACAGAUUUCACUGUUCUCUCAUCCUUUUUUUAGUAGCUGUGUGUACUGUAUGUGUACAUACAUACUGUAUUUUAUUCACCGUCUGUUCAGUAUAAUAUCCAGAAUGAGCAGGUUUACCCUGCAGUGCAUACAGAUUGUGAUAUUUAUCUCCAUACUGGAGAAUAUUGUACAAAAAGAAAAGGUAUUCUCCACCUCAACCAUGUUCUCUCUCUUGAUUUCUCCAUCAGAGGGAAAUUCAAAGCACACGUCAUGUUGUUUUUUCCUCCAUUGUCAGACGUGACACAUUUUGUUUUGUUGGCAUUUUGGUUACUACUCCUAAUGGAUGUGUGUGUGUGUGUGUGUGUGUGUGUGUGUGUGUGUGUGUGUGUGUGUGUGUGUGUGUGAAAUGUAUGGAAGUUAUACUAUGCAAAUUGUUACCUCAAUUUUUUCUAGAGAAAAUUACCUCAAUAAAUGAGAAUAUUUUUUCAUUUUUCUACAAAAAGA